AUGCCCCGAGGCUUCGACCAACCCACGUCAAGUUCUGCUUCCCGAGCUGCCAAUGCGGGACCACGCGAGCAGAGCCAACAACAAUCGAACAUAAGGAUUAGACGGGGUAGAUUUGAAGCUCCUGCCACAAUACCGGGAGCUGGAGAAGCAAAGCAGCCAUCUCUCACAACAUCGAGACGCAAGUCUAUUAACCCGAUAGCUUCGCCCCUUCCACAAUCUUCGAGAGAACCUCAACCGUUUCCAGCUGGCCGCAGAUCACCUGCCUAUCUUCAAGGCAAGAACCCCUACGGCCAGGUCUUGGACAGGAUCGAACAUCCCUAUCGUGAGCCCAAAGCAGAGACAACAAUAGCGGUCCCAUCUGCCCAGGCUGGCUCCAGUAUCGGUGAACGAUCACGCGCGUCUGGUCCAUCUGACUCCAAGACACGAUCUCGGGCUUAUGAACUAGAACGAAGCGAUCCUAUAAUAGCACCUUCAUUAUCAAGACCGCCCGAUGUUCCCCAAUCAGUUCGUUCUGCCAAGGACUUCUUCGAGACGAGAGCCUCUCACUACCCGUCAACACCCCUUCCUCCACCUUCAACAAUCGGCGUCAGCAGGAAGAGCUUUGCGCCAAAGAGUCAGCCUCCGAGUGGCGAGUGUGCUCCCACCAUCACGAUCGGAACAGCUACACCUCCCGUGGACAUGACUGACUACAAGGAGCAAUAUGACCAUGAUGUUGAACAAGAGUCCUUGGGUCGCCGAAGGUCCACAAACAUCUUUGCGGGCACACCUGAAGACGCCAGGCCUUUCGGCAUCGACUUACAAGCCGCAAGUGACAGCUCUGCGCAAGAAUGUAUACCUGAGGGGCCGCUUGCCGGCAACGUAGAGCAAAGAUUGGUUGAUAAGUCAGAUUCCUCUGACGAAGUUGUGAGACGCCUAUCCACUCGCAGUUCAGUACUAGCUGCUGAGACCAGAGAAGCCAAGAAUCCGGAUCUUCAGUCGCAACGGGAGGGCAGACGUGCGAAGUCUGGUCGCAAUCUUCGAAGAACUUUCGAGGAAGACCAAGGAACUUCCCCCAAACGGCUUAGGCGCAGUGGAUCAUACACUGCUUCUUUAGCUGAGAUCAGCGAUUCUUCAAAGGAACCUAUCGAUCGUGUCGCUGAGUGGACUCCGAGCACGGAUACUGAAACUUCUAGCCAACAAUUUGGGAAGUCUGUCAAUGUUCGCAGGCGAGCCGAGGAGAUUGUAUCAAGGAAUCUUGGCCACGACGGAGCGAGUGACGUCAGUUCUUCUCGACGAAGCACUAUGUCAGGUCCGAUCCCAACAGCCAACAUUGGUGUCGAAGAGAAGUAUCAUGAGAUUGAAGUACCGGACGACGUCGACAACCGACAAGGUUACGGACGUCGCGUCACGCAAGACUUUGGUUUUCCGGGUGCAAGAAUCAAAUCACACGGCACGAACAGAACUAGUAAACCACUCCGAGACCCUGGUAGUUGGACUAAGCGGGCGUGUGGUCAUUUCUCAUAUAUGGGUAAAGGCGAGCAUCGCGAUCAUGCACAGCAGAAGAUAUGCUGGCAAUGCUCAACUCGAGCACCACCGCCAAAACAAGUGCCAGCUACCCAACGGAGAGAACGCAGACGAGCCUUGUCUGAAUCCUCAACCUCCACAACCUCUUCUUCGAAACCACUCAAAGAUGAUAUCUGUCGUAAGCAGAGACGCCGUAGACAUCACUCUGAAUGUAUACCAUACGACAAGUGCGGAGAUGCAUUCGCUGACGAGUUGGGUUACAUUAUCGACAACAUCCUCGAAGAGCAUGCAAACACCUUGCAGUCUGUCAUCAGCAACAUCAAGAAUAGUCAGCCCAGUCUUAAUCAGCUUCGACGAGUAUCUGGAGACCUUGUUCAGCGAUGCCGUGCCAACAGCUCCUGUAGACAACGCUGUCAAUCAUCUUGCCAAAAAGAUGAUGAUUGGCUUCCCCUUUGUCCAUAUAUCCCACCCAAAACGGCAGAAAAGCUUAACGUGAGAUCUGCUGGGCAACUGAAGCCGAACCUCAACGACCCUCGUUCCAGUUUGCGCGAAGCAUUACAGUCGAUACCUGACCUUGUCGACCUGGUCAAUUCUGCAGCCGAUGAUCUUGGCAUCGAUCUCGAGCGAAGGCCUACGGUGACCGAUGACGACUUGUUUCGCAAUGCCCCUUACGAAAGUACGCCUCGGGAAUCUGUCUCGUACCAUCCAGGAGUCUCUUUGGAAGCUACAGAAGACAAGACGGCUGAUGAAGAGCCGCCCACCGAAGACAGUUGGCUACAGCAAACACGGAGACAUCUGACCGAGCUUUCAGAGGCGCGGGAGCAGCUUAUGGACGAACUAGAUUCGAUUGCUGGAGAUCUUGACGUCCGGCUCCAGGAUCAGCAAGAAGGUGAGCAGGGGGAAGAGCUCAUCGUACAUCCUGUACAACGUGUACUCAGUAGAGCUUCUGUUGGCGCCUCGCACGAAUCUACUUGGCAUGAGAAUCCACCAGCCGAUUCCAACACUGCUCACGAUUACUAUGACGACGAGUCAUCUGUCGAAACUGCGCAGCGUAUGCUUGAGAGAAUCCCCACGCGUCUCUCUAAUGCACCUACUUGGCAGAGAAAAAGAUCUACCGGCGCUACCAUCGAAAAGUUCGAGGUGGGUCGCCCAAAUGAUCAUGAAGAAGAAGCAGUUGCAAACCUUAUACAACUCGUACUGAGCCGAGAACCCACUGGUGUGUCCAGCAAGGUUAGACGGUCGGAGUCCAAGCCGGUCGACUUUGCCAGUGGAAAUGUCCUCAGCACGGUAAAUGGCAGUACUAACUACGAGCCUGCUGACGAGGUCAGAGAUGGUCUAGAGCUGAACGAGCCUGCCGAGUCGAUCAACGAAGCACAAUAUAGCCCGCAGUAUGAGACAAGUGAAGAUUCUCAGAUCGAACAGCAAUAUGAGACUCAGCUUGACCAACAACGCGACGAGACUGCGCCUGACACUUACAACGACGGCCGCGGUCUGACUCCAUCGCCUUCCGGGUUUAGUGUGCCAAUUCAAGACCCGUAUGAUCAGGCACAUGAGCCUGAGAAUUACUCAAGCCGAGAGUCGGGUGCUGAAACUCCUACCACGCACCAGGCGGACACUCCUUUCAUGCUAAUGGAACGCGUAGCCGUCAUAGAAAGCCCUGAGAUAGCUUCACCUGUUCGGAGAAUGACUACAAAGCGCUUUGAACCCGAAACAGAGCACCAACGCGAUGCAUUGCUGCAACGGGAUUCUUAUACAGAGGACGAAUCAGACACCCGCGCUGCGGUGGUGGGGCGUUUAGCCGGUUCCGAAAGGACUGAUUCAACACCACUCUCGCGAAGGGUGACUGUGAAGGACUUGGCCGCAGAGUCGGAGCAGAAUAUCGAUGAUGAUGAGUCUGUGUUUAAGCACUCCACAAUACCACUGUCGAGACAGCCAACGGUCAGGCUGGAGUAUGGGAGCAAGACCAGUGCCACACCGACGGUUAUACAAGACGACAGAAGGGUUUCCUCACUCGUUACCUCAGAUCAUCUGCCAAGCCCAGAGAUCGAAAAAUCUCAGGAAACACAGCGCUUCGCUAGCCAACAGCGCUAUCCGACCGUGCAGCCCAUUCCUAAACUCGCGGAGCAGGCUACAAGAACGAUUUCCUUCGUGUCUUCUGAGCCUACUCCGCCUGAGGAUCUCGCUUCUCAACUGCGAAGAAGACUUUCUGAAAUUGAGAUUGCAAUGCCAUUGAGUGAUUCUGCAAGUCGGCCGAUGUCACCAGAGUCGUCGUCGGCGCCACGCAUUGUCACAGGUCUAUCGCCCACAGACUCGUUUAAGAUACCUUCCAUAGAGACUGUAAAUCGCAUGUCUACUAGGAAGGCCACUCUGAUGCGUUCGCGACUGCCCACCUUCAAAGAGCCAGCACGUGAAUUUACACCUCCAGCACAGCGGACGCCCGAUGAAGACACGCUCACAACACUACCACAAAUGCAAGUCGAGGAACUGGUUCUAUCACCAGUCACUUCAAUAUCGAACGAAUCAGAACAAGUACACUUUCUGUCUCUGGAUGAGCCGACAGCAACUUCUUCGAGAAGACUGACUACAGGAGAGCCUGAUCGCGCAGCGAUUCCACUAGAACCAGCGCCUCACGAGGAAUCUCUCCUUGUUGUUGAAGAUCAAGAACCCGAUUUUCUUCCCCCCGUACAACGGAUUCGCAGGAUGACUACAGUUCAUGCUGAGCCGACCAACGUUUUUUCGAGAAGAGAAUCGGCGAAAGAGUUCAAGCGUAGUGAUACUUUCUCACCAGUACAGCAGGUUCGCCGGUCGACUACUGUAGUACCGUCUCAGCAGCGGCGAGCAAGUACACAGUCACCGCUUAACCAAGGGAAAGAAGAUCCACUGCCUUCACCGCCAAUACAGCAGACACGCCACCAAACGACUGCUGCGCUACUUUUUGAGCAGGGGAGGACAAGCACACAACCAACACUGGUACCAGAGCAAGACCAAUCUGACUUCUUACCUCCGGUACAACGCAUCCGUAGGAGUACUACCGUAUCGACAAAGCCUGAGACGUCUCGCGAAUCGUCACUGGUGGUGCAAGAGCAAGAUGAUAUAGAUUUCUUAUUGCCGGUGGAACGCAUCCGAAGAGUUACUACUGUCUUGCCAGCUGCAAAGAGGCGCGCGAGUACGGUGGCGGAGCGCGCGAUGUCCCCCGAAUUGUCACUAUCUUUGGAAGAACGAGGAUCUGGUUUUUUUAGGACUCUCACAUCGCUUGAUACACGACAGGGAACAGGCGCACUUCUGUCCGGUUUUCCAUCUCAGGAAUCGUUACAAAUCCUCGUUGGUGAUAAUGAUGAUGAUGGUGAGAUUGAGAAUGAGUUAGAGUUCUUACAUCCAGUAGAGCGGAUCCGCAGGGCAACUACUGAAGUACCACACGAGCAGACACAAGGAACAGAAGAGCUUGAGCAUGACGCGACACUCUCUGAGUCCGAACAUUCUGAGCAGCUGUGGCCGGUCGGACGAGAUGAAUCUGGAUUUCAACCUCUAGUAGAAAGGAUACGUCGAACCACUUCUCGUUCGCCAGCCUAUCAGAAUGAGCUACUUUCAUUUCAGCAAACCCAUCGAAACACUACCGUGUCGCUAGCGGAAGAAGGGGAACCGGCUUUCUCGCCUUCCGUAGAACGAAGCCGUCGAGCUACUACUGGUUUGGCAGCCGAGCAGCAGCAAGCAACGGUAGCCACUGAACAGGAUGUUGUCUUACCCGAGUCUGUAUCCCGCCAACAGUCGCUAGUUGGAAAAGAAGAAGACUCUGAGUUUGCGCCUCCGGUACAACGCAUUCGCAGAAUGACAACUGUGGCGCCAGCCGAACGACAGCAAAGUACUCUACAGCAUAGACAUACCGAAUUUCCCCCAGAGCUGGAGAUCACUUCGGAACCAUCUCCCAGCGAUGAGGAUGAACCAGAGUCGCGACUCCAACCAGUUCGCCGAACAACCACUGCGCCACCGGGUAUACAGCAACUGAUGAUAGAGCCAGAGCUCGGUUCGUCAGCAGAGCUGGAAUCUCAGCCUCUAGUAGGACGAAUUCGCAGGUCGACCACUGUACAACCAGCCAUUCAGCGACAAGUGACAGUUGACCCUGGAGCCGAUGCUCUGCUAGUAGAGCUAGGUUUCAAUGGUGCGUUUCCAGUCAUCGAUGAAGUGACCGAGCUUCAACCCGCACCCAGGAGCAUUCGUGGAUCGACUGUAUCACCAAUUCAGCAAAUGGCGGGGGCUUAUCCUGGCACUCCUACUUCCAAGUCUGGAUCUCAGGAGGGGACUUCGAUUGUCGAAGAAGAGUCCGAAUUCCAGCUUCCGGUUGAACGGAUUCGGCAAGCAACUGAUAUACAGUCGGUCGGACGGCGACAAGAGUCUCGCACAGCGUCACCGGUCAUUGAAGAGCGUGGACUCGAAGUUUCAAUAGAGCAGAUACGUCGAACGACUACUGUACCACCGGCUUUUCAGCUGCAAGACUCUUUCAGAUCUACUUCCGAGUCUUCCAUUUCUUUUCCAGUAGGAGUUGAUAGAUCCGAAGAGGCUGAGUUCCAAUUUCCAGUCGAACGUGUUCGCCGGACAACCACUCUACAACCAGGUGAACAAUUACAAGAGUCUAGAACAGGUUCACUAGUACCUAAGGACGGCUUUGAGUUCCAAAUGCCGGUGGAGCGAAUCCGCAGAACAACCACUGUGGAAUCGAGUGGAAAGCGGCAAGAUUCUUUCAAACCUGCUUCCGUAUCUUCCGAUACUUCUCCUGUAGCAGAAGAGGUGCUUGAACAACCCGUCUCAUCUCGCGCAGCUUCACGCCAGCCUACCUUUCAAGCUCGCCGGACUAGUACGAUGCCGCUAGCUACCGAUUCUCAUCAUUUGGCUAGAUCUAUCUCAUCGCCGGUCCUAGAGGACUUGGCAGAGGGCCCUUCUGUCUCGCGUAUUGUUUCGCGCCAGCCAACGCGAGCGUCUCGUACAAACACAGUGCUGUCAGCUGUACCGCGGAACGACUCUGUUGAACUCGACAGGUCUCCCUCUUUGUCCCUGCCAGAAGACGAUGAACCUUAUCAAGCCUUCUCACGUCAGCCCACGCGUAGGGUGACCAUCCGUGAAACUGAGGCGAAAGCUCUUCCCUCAUCUGAGACCCCAUUGGAGAUAGAAGACGUUCCUGAUCACCCUUUCAGACGACAAGUGACCGAUCUAGCAGACGCGACACCUAAAGAACGGCUCGCUUUGGGUGGCGGAACACCGACUACCCGUGUUCUGUCACGUACAGAGUCUUUGGCAUACCAAAGCCCUGGGUACAACAAGGAAGUCCUACUUGAUGAUUCUACCGAAUUGGAGAGUAGAGACGUUCUUGAAUCAACUCACGGGGUUGAUCGCAAGGAAGAGACCGAUCAGGUCGAGAAAGCACGCACUACAGAUUUGGUGUCUGACACGGAGUCUUUCGAACCUUCCAUCUACCAACGGAUUACUGAAGAGCCGCAGCAUGAAGACAAUGAUUCUCGAAGUCAAAGCAAAGCUGGAUCACCCGAAGUUUACGGGAGCGAGGACUUGAUUGGGCAGUCUGAGAGAGCACCGACUGCCCACUUCUCCCCAACUCUGGCGCCUAUUGCGCAUACCGAUGCUGAAGAUCAGCUUGAUCCAGAUGUUCACUUUGAAAGACGCAUGACGCAAGCUUCACGAGAGUUUCCAGCUAGCAUACCACGGAUAUUGACGAUACCUAAUGGAUCUAACCGUAAGCGAAGUAGCGAUGCUGGAAACACCGUAUCGUCUGCUACAGGCUUUGGGCCUGUGAUAAGCACUGAUGUUGAGAGUCAGCGCGAUGAGAGCCCUCAGGUUGCAAGAAGAAAGACACAGGUACCGAGUGAGCCUGGCACAGCAGAUCGCAGACGCAGCAGUGCUGCACCCGGGAUCACAGCGCCCCCUCCAGAGAUGAUCAAUGAGCGAACGGAAGUCGGGAUACAAUCUAGAAGCCCUAAGCAAAAGCCGAAGAAGGGCGCAAACUACUCGCCUGAGCAGCAAUAUCCACCGGCACCAGCAUAUCCGUUACGCGAAACGCCGUCAUGGACGAAGCCGGAUACUCGUACGCCAUCACCGAAGCCGAAAGUCGAAAGCCCGCCCAAAAAGCGAGGAUGGCUUGAUUUUGGGCCUUGGUCCAAGGAGGAGCUUCUAGAAUCGGAGGGGGAACGCAAAAAAGGCAAAACAGUCAUCCAAGCCAGGUCAGACAGUCUGUCUAUCGUCGAGAAUCAGAUGCCGUCCCUCUGCGAAGGGCCGACACUCGAUCAAGGCAAACCUCCGUCUACGCUCACAAGGACGACUACUACCCAAUCACUCCAAUCCUUCCAGACCGCACUGACAACGAUACACGGCCACAGUCCUCACCGUCUCGAAAGACCAGCUACUCCGUCCGUCGAACAGCUUCAACAAAUGAAACCUUCCGUCAGGACGAACCGAAGCGGCAGUCUACCCGUCGGCUUUCGUCGGGACCCUCUCAACGCGAAUCGCGGCCUCAGCAAGCUCUUCGUACACAGACGAAUGUUUCUACCCGCUCCCAAGCACCUGAGUUCCAGACUUGGCCGGAUACUGAAGUUGAAGUCUCUCGCACGGCUCAAGGGUCGGACAAAGAAGAGGUCCAAAGCCCAGUUCGUAGAGACGUCCGCAGGCCAACCAAAACUGGAACCUCAAUCGCAAAAGAAGAAACGUCGCCUAGAGAAGGUACUCAGUCGCCGGAAACGCGACGGAAUCUGUCUCAGGUUCCCCAGAAAGAAGGUCCGUCAGAUGAAGGAGAGUCGAGUCGAUCGCCAAGCAGGAUGUUGGAAGUGCCUAGUGCUCAAGCGCCGCAAGAGCAAGCGCAAGAGCCAACAAGACGACCAACGGCUCAAGGAGAGGAAUACAAUAGCGCCAGAGAGCAAACGAAGAUGGUCUUGGACUCCGAGGUCUCGAAAGGCGAAGAAAACAACGCCAGAUUUACCAGCACAGUUGACCUCACGCGUCCAGGAACAUCACCAAAACCGCCCACCAGAGAUGAAAGCAACCAAAGAAGGCCUUCAGCAUCAGAUGCAGGAAAAGAGGCGCCCAUUGCGCGAGAACACAUCCGUCGAUCAACCGCAGCACGAGCGCGAGACAUCACGGCCUUCCAGUCUGCAGAGGAGGAUCCAGCGAUCGCCACACGAAGGCCUUCAUCAUCAGUCAAGAGAACGAAAACACGACGCAGGUCUUCAGCAAUUGGGGAAGAUAGAGCACCAAUCCCGGCGCGAACACCCACAGUCACCAGAACAUCAACGAGAACGGCAACAAUCCCAUCGAGUGCCAGACAAGCAGAUAGUCGAAGACAAUCCACCGCCCCGAGAGCGGGUACACCAGUCUCGCGCGCGGCCUUAUCAAACAACGAAGUGGAAUCAAUCAAAGCAAGAGGAGUUGAAUCACCACAACAGCAAGAAGAACGAGGUCCAGCCUCGUCAGCCGCGGCACAAGCAGAUCGGAGGUCAUCUGCUGCGCCCGGAGCGCGUAUGGCAGUAUCCCGAGCAGCUCUACCAAGAUCAGAGACAACAAGAAAAGGAGGGGACGGACCUACUUCGCCAACGUCACAAGGAUCCCUCGGUACAAUCUCGCCAGUUCCAGCAUCCAACACAUAGGCCAGUCAAUCCGGGCCACAGCCAACGAAAGGUUCAUUGGCAACAAACCAGCCAGCCGACCGAAGCCCAGAGCAGCAAACCCAGCCAGGCGCGCGAACAGAUCUGA